GCCUCGUUAUUUUUCCUCUCUUCUUUUCGAACUGAAGUUUCCUUCCUCAAUUGUGAAAGGAAGUGCCUUUUAUUUGUAUUGCCAGCUGCAUUUUCAUAGUGACACCAAUAACCCGCAGGUGAUCCUCGAGCAAUCAAUCUAAUUCGUGCUGUUCCUCAGCCCACAGUAAAAUUCUGCAGAACAGUUAUACAAAAGUUUGAACCCUUUCAAGUGGAUACUUGUUUUGCUACUAAGAAACAAGGCUGUGGGAUUGAUUAUCCAUACAUGGAGAACGCAGAUGUGGCUGCCUCUGAUAAGGCGAGAAGUUCAGAGCAUUACUCAGAAAUGGAUCGCGAACAUGCAACACAGAACGAUAUUUCCCAACGAGGUUCGAGUCCAUCGGGAAAAGCCAUGGAUAGACAGCGCGAGGCUCAAGAAUAUAUUCGCAAUCGUCGAGCACAAGCGACGGUCGCAGAUGAGGCAGAUGAGAAUGUCAUGGUCGAUAACGUUUCACAGUUCGGGCCACAAAAUAUAAGUAGAGAAAGUGAAGAUGAUGAACAAAAGCUACUUAUCACAUUAGCAGAAAAGUACAACUACAAUUUAUACUUAGUGAGUCUAACUGCAUGGAAGCUUCCUAGGUCCCUACUUUGUAGCUUAUGUGGUGCAUAGACUAAUGAUGAUUUUAAAGCCUCCGGGGAACUCUGGAAGUCCCAUAAUCGAGCAUACUAAUUACGCUGCUCUACUGCAUCGCAACGCGCCAUCUUCGCCACAAACACGUCAAAUAACGGAUGGGCAUGACUCCUGGCACCACUCUCGUCCUAGAAAUCGUUCCGGUUCUCCACAGGCCGAAGAUCCCCCUCGAACCCCCUCUCCAUCGAUACGUCACCUUGACAAUACGCAAAUAACCCCUUCUCCGCCGCCACCUAUUCCGACAGCCCCAAUCUCCGAUUUUCGUCCCGGCCCUAUAUUUUCUACUUCACAUAUGCCUUAUCAAGCGGCAAAUAACCCGCGACCUGCCUACGCAACAAAUCUCAGGCAAUAUGCAGACAGGAAUCGGACACCGGGCAAGAAACAAACAUCUGAACGAUCAGGGUUUGAAAACAAUACGGCCAAUUCCGAAACUCAACCAUCCGUAAACAGUGAGUACAGAAAUUUCAAUACCCGAGCUACGAGCUUUGAAAUAUGCUCACACAUUCACAGGUCAGCUCUCAGAUAGAUACAGGCAUAAUCAGAUUGCCUCUUCCCCCCAUCAAAAAUCUCAGUCACCCCAGGCGGCACCGCCUACUCAAUGGGCGGCACCUAAACCUGCUCGAAACAACGCCAACAUUGUACAGAAUCUACAAGACUCACAGGCUCUACAAUUGGCGGAGUCUGGAUCGCAACCUUCACGGCUUCAUCCUGUGUCUUAUCCUUCACAGUCGCGGCAAGAGGCUAGUCAACAAAAUAUAGAGCAUGGCCAUGAUUCCUCACACCCGAACGGCCCAGAGCUCUGGAGCCAUACUAAUAGGCUUCCGCAAAAGAACUACCCGACUCCUGAUAGUGUAUCAGGCAAUAGCCGGCGUCAAAUGUCUUAUGCGCAACAAAAUAAUGCCCGCGAUAGUCCUAAAGCUUUCGGCCAUGCGCCAGCCGGGCAAAUUACACCUCUUCCACAGGGCCAUCACGGAAACCAUGGGCACGAAACAUAUGGUCCACACCACGAGCAUGAUAUGACCCCCUCCAACUACGGUUAUGAUCAAAGUUCUCAAGGGGAAUUUAGUCCUCGUAUGUCUUUGACUUCUCCUGUUUGGCACUCUGUAAAAUUGAUACUGAUUUUUUUUUAGCAACCACAAUCCCUAACCAAUCGAAUUUCACUCCAGAAUCUCAUGGAAAUUCUACUCGUGGUCAUGGAGAUGGAUACAGCUCUGAACAUCAGUUCGAACAAUCUAUGCACGGUCGUAGACCUCGUGAGUAAUCUACCAUUCAUAUUUAACCUUUCCUACUAAGCAAAUCAUCAGAAAUACACGGAUCCAUAUCAUCGACAACUCUUCAUCGCCAAAGUAACUUUGUCGACUGGAAAUCGCAGCUCUGCCAGCUGUUCAAUGCACCACAUGAUAGUCAUGACGAAGAUCUUUUCAAAAUGUUGGAAAUGACUAGGAGCAAACUUUUGUCAGAUAGCCGUGAUGCCAAUCAAGAAAAACUGGCAUUGCCUUAUCAUACGAUCUAUCGAGUCAGAUGUCAUCAAAAAGAGCUAAGCCACAUGUUUUUGGAUACUCCCUGGCUUGUCAAAGACAGUCCGACCGGUGAACAUAUCCAUGGUAGUAUAAUUGUGAGAAACAUUGCUCUGCAUACCCAGGAAUAUACGAACUUGUCGUUCAUUGUAUACAAAGACUAUGCCUGUUGCAGACCUAAGAUCGAUAAAAUGAACACAUCGGAUUCGACGAAAUCGAAGUCUGCAUGCUCGGAGCAACCUAGUUCAAACGGCGAGAACGAACUUGCGGAAUUUCUCGUGGGCGAGUCUGUGUGCUUGAUCGGCAGCGAGCUAUCCGCUGGUCUUAAAAGACUUACUAGGCAGAAUAUCCAGGAAAAUUCAUAUUACCCUUCAUUCAACGUUAGCACCGAGUUCAAGGCACCAUAUCCAUGGUUUUACCACCAGAGAGCUCCUUUGGAAGAGCGCAGACGCCAGCUGAAACCUGAGCUUUUGGCUCGUGUAAAUUCUUUUGUCGAAUACGUCAAUGAAAGCUUUGGGCCCGAAUAUGCUAUAGUUGAUACACUCCUAAGCCAGGGAAAAAUCUCGCGCAGAUACCUCUGCUAUCUUUACGUAAGUGAUUUCUGGGUCCCAUGGCCAUGUUGAGAAUCGAAAUUUAACUGACAGCAUGAAAACAGAGCCCUGACGCCGUCAUACUGCGCGCCGACAAAGAUGAUGAAGGAAAGAAGAAGGCGUAUUUAACUAAAUCAUGGCUUUAUUUACCGGCAGGAGGGAGUCCUAAAGGCAGUGGAGAGUCAGCUACCUUGACAACCUCCUUGCUCGUAUCUUCCUGGACAUUUGAUGGCCUUUUUCAAGAGAACGUUGAAUUAAUCACGAUUGAUGAUUUCAAAACGUCGGAAGAAGUAGUCAAAAUCACGGCUCUGACCACUUAUCCAAUGCGCUACGCCGACCCCACCAUUGGGACAUCACUUAGAAAACAGGGAGAAAUGUUCUGGAAAUUCCGCAAGUCCUGCUACAUAUACUACAGUGAUGAAGAUGAAUCGGAAGAGAACAUUGUAGGCAGGCCCGAUGAUCAACUUUACAUUUUUCAGCUGGCUAAUAUCACUUUUUUUCACAGGGGCAAUCCAGGUAUAUGAUUGAUAUCGAAACAUACAAGAAAUUACACCCCAAGUCUGCAGGGGCCAAACUACCCAAUCGGGACGAUUUGGGUCCUUUAGUGAUGGCAUCUGAUAUACCACCAGAAGGCGUUUUCACACUUCUUCUGCCUAGUACGAUUAUUGGAUUCAACAUGCAAGAAAAGAAAUGGGGUUUGUUAAAAAAGACGCAAUUAUCACUGUCUUCUUUGCUAAUUUGUUGCAUUAGUCAAUCUCGAAGUUAGUCGCAUGUACGCGGUCAAAUGGAACAAAGAUGCGUUUGAGACUUUGGCUAGAGAUAACGAUACGAAAAUCCUCAUCACAUCUCUAGUCGCAAAUCAAAUCAAAGACGAGCAGAGCCCAGGCCUUAUCGGCAGGAAAGGAAAUGGUUCAAUCAUACUAUUACGCGGGUAAAUGAUCCACAAACUCGGACUUCUUAGGGAAAAAAACUAACAAUGAACUUAUAGCUCUUCUGGGACCGGUAAAACCCUGACAGCAGAAAGUGUUUCAGAGGUUGUAGAGAAACCACUCUACGUAACCUCGUGCAGCGAGAUAGGAACAACACCAGAAGCCCUCGAGAAAGCCCUCGAACGAAUCUUCUUUUUAGGAAGAGUUUGGAAAUGCGUCAUACUCCUUGAAGACGCCGAAAUGUUUCUCGAGAAAAGGACUUUAGGAGAUCUUCAACGCAACGCAUUGAUUUCUGUAUUUUUACGGGCACUCGAGUCUUACAACGGAAUCGUCAUCUUAACGAGCUCGCCCAUCACCACCAUGGACGAGGCUUUCAAAUCUCGCAUUCAACUUUUCCUCCGCUAUACCUCGCUGACUUUUGCUCAACGAGCUAAGAUAUGGGAAUCUCAUAUCAAGCAGCUCGAGUCACUGGAAUCCCUAUUCACCCCCUCUACGAUAAAUAUAUCCGAGCUUCGAGCAAAUCUAUCAAUGCUUGCGAAAUACAAGCUUAAUGGACAUGAAAUCGGACAUGCAGUCAGAACAGCUAGACAACUAGCCUUGUGGAAAGGAAUCCCGAUGGGUUUUGAAGAGGUGCAGUAUGCUGUCAGUGUUGCGGGAGGAUACGACAACACAAAUGAUGAGGACAAACGAAACGUGGGAGAAGCAGUGAAGAGGGUUGUUGGGGAUACAGAUGAUGAUCCUUACGAUGGGGUGGAAGAUUUAAUGAGCGUUGCUGAAUUAUGAUUGACGAGUUAUGAUUUAUGUAUGAUUUAAGUUAGUGAGCGUCUGCUUUGUGCAGAGUCCCCCUCUUUUCGACUUGUGUGUAUGGAGCGCUGCUUUCCUGUUGUGCUUGCGCGUCUGAGUUUGUGGUUGUGGUUUGGAUUUUUUCUGCGUUUUUCUGCGUAUAUACCAUUCUUCCAUGAUUCUUCCUUCUGUGGAAUUUGAAUAGGGCACUAGGAAAUAAUGUAUUAGGCUUAUGUAUAUUUGUGCCUUUCUCAUCAUCUCAUACUGAAGUAUUGUCCCAAAGUCUAUGGCGUUUUUUUGAUCUCGAAGGUAUCCAAGAGUGGUACUUACAAGGCAGGACAAGAAUGGAACAAUUAAAUGCAGAGACGAGUCCGAUUACGGUAGACCAACUCGAA